AUGGCCGAGCCACAGGCAUCGCAGGCGGCACCAGCGGCCGCGCCCAAAAGGGGCCAUCACCGCCGCACAUCGUCGCUGCUGCCCAGUCUCGGCUCGCUCGGCUCCUUCCUCGCAAGCGCAGGUGGGCUGGCUACCCCCAACGCCAACUCGAACGAUGCACAAGACGCUCCACGAACAGGCACCCUCCCAACCGACGCCGAGCUCGUCUUUUCUCAUCCAACACCCACCGAAUGGGCAGACGACUCGCCCGCCAAAUCUCGCCCGCCUCGCUCAGCGCCAAAGGCAAACCUCAGCGACGAGGUGCGCUUCCGUGGCAAGCCUCAGCCGCAGUCGUCCAUCGCCUUUCCCACGCCCACAUCUCCCGCCGCCUCGGCUUCCUCGUCGGUCGCUAGCACCCCUCGCGGCUCGGACGCAGACGUACCACCCAUGCUCUACAGCCCGCAGCAGUCCAGUGCCGCAUCCUCCGCCGACACGCCGGCUACAUCCGUGAGGUACUCGCCCCGCUCCACACCCAAGCACAUGCCGCAAGAUUCGCUCUUGCUCGCCCCCACGCCGCCCUCGGCACCGCCGUCAGAGUCCACCACGGUCAAGGCAGACGCAGGUCCAUCCUAUAGCCGCUAUGCAACCCUUCCGCGCUCGUUUACACCUUCGCGUCCGUCGCCCAGCCAGUCCCAUGCCGACCUGCCCAAGUCGCGCACAAAGCCAGGCGCGCAUGGCCGAACUUCGUCCUGGAGUGCCGCCUCGGGACGACGCGCAGCCACUCAGCUCGACGAAGCGCUCUCCAGCGACGAGCAGUCCGUGCAGAGGCAGGCAGGCUUCCGUGCGCGCUCCAUCAACUCCAUUCGCGGCCUCGCCGCCGCAUUCGUGCCUGCAAGGUUCGCGCCCGCAUCGCAGUCGUCCAGCUCGGCUUCUUCCAACGACGACGCUUCCUCCCUCGACCUCUCGAGUCCAUACCGCCGCGACGAUCUUGCACUCGUGCCCGCUCCCGGCGCCGACUCGAAGCGCGUCGUCCGCCACGGCGAGGGCGAAGUCAAGCGGCCCGUCAAGCUCGACCGCCGUCGUCUGGACAAGGCCGUCUCCUUGGCGGUCGAGGCGGCGCAGGCGGCAGAGGAAGACGAGCGCAUCUGGGAGCAGAAACGCACAAGAGCUUCCGAGGAGGACAUCGACAAGGGCGAUAGCGACGACGAUGACGACCUCGGCUUCUCGCUCGAUCUCUACAUUUCCUCACUCGGAUACCUCAUCUCGGCCAUCUCGGACAAGGAGGCGCCCGGCCUCAGCACCAAGCAGCGCCAGGACAUCAAGCAGCGCCUCGAAGAAGGCAUGUCCAAGCUCGGCUUUGACGCGCGCGCCGAACUCGCCGCAGCAGAGCACAUGAAGCAACAGCUCGAGCUCGAGAGGCAGAAGCUGCAGCUCGAGCGCGACCAUGCGCCCGCGGCCACCGCCAACGUGGUGCAUCAUCACUACCACACUGCCGUCCCCGCCAGCAGCUCCAUGUUUGGCGACGCCAACUUUUCGCGUGCACAUGCAGCCGCCAGGGCGUCCUCAAAGGGAUCCUCGUCGCUCGCGGGCAAGCUUAGCUCGUCGGUGCUCGAUAUUGGGCUGCACAUUGGCGCAGGCGCCUUGUCUGCACUCUCGGCCAACUUGUCGGCGAUUGCGCCCAAGGGGAUGCGAAAGACGUCCGGCGCGAGCUCGGCGAGUGGCGACAAGAUGCAAGAUCCCAGGAUCACGGAUCUCGAUAGCGACGAGGAACUGCGCAGUCCCGGAGAGCGUGUCGAUCCACCUUCGCCGGCCAUGACGCCGUCGCAGCCGGACAGUGGUGCUGCCACGCCGCGCACCGCAUGGUCGCGCGCCAUCAGCCAGAACAACAAGCAGUGGGAAUUAGCCGUGGCGUUUGCCAGCACGGCUGCAUCCGCGCUUGCAAGCAGUCUGGGCGCCGUUGCUCGCAGCGAUGGCACCGACGCCUACUCCGAGUCGUCGCCAAACUCGAGCGAGGUUGUACUUGGACCGCUUACGCUUGAGCAGCAGCAACAUCUUGCGCGGUACGGCCAUCCGGAUGGUGCGGGCGGGGAAACGGCUGAGGACCGGUUGAUUCUGCUGUCGGCAUCGCUCGCACGCGCUCUCAAGCGCUCUCCGCUGCCGACGCAGCUCAACCAGUUGCUGCGCCAGAUGGUCUCGAUCCUCGCCGCCAUCGAUGCAAAGUACCGCGUGUCGGAGAAGGGCACCCAGCUGGCACUGCGCGAGACGAGCAGAGCGCUAAGGUUCGUCAGAAGACACGAUCUCCACGUCAAGGCCGUGAGGGUGGCUUGGGCCGCUGCAGAGGCCGCUGUCGCGGCGCUGGAGGCGUACAGGGACGAACCGGCAUGGGCGAUCCAGGGAGGCACGGAGAGGCAACAGAUCGCGCCGGCAAGAAGGAUCGAGGACCAGUUCGAGCAGAGUGCUUAG